CCUCUUUAGCAUACCAUGGUAAUGCAUACUCAUCUUCAGCCGGGUUUGGUUCACGCUUGGGGGAGCGCAUUGUUAUGGAGUUAAAUCGCAAAGAAGACGAGCAGAGCGAUGUGUUCGCCGGCUUCAGCACGCCGUUUAAAUCGUUCGCCACAGAGGCAAUUCACGUCGGUCAGGAGCCGGAGCAAUGGAAAUCAAUGGCUGUAGUGCCGCCGAUCUCUCUGUCCACCACGUUCAAGCAGAACGAACCAGGAAACCACGCCGGGUUUGAGUACAGCCGCAGUGGGAACCCUACCAGAAACUGUCUUGAGAAGGCUGUGGCUGCUUUGGAUGGAGCAAAGUAUUGCAUUGCUCUUGCCUCUGGCCUGGCAGCCACGGUGACCAUCACUCACAUGCUGAAGUCGGGCGAUGGGAUCGUCUGCAUGGAUGACGUGUACGGAGGCACCAACCGUUACUUUCAGAGAGUUGCCAGUGAUGUUGGUCUGGAGGUGUCUUUUGCUGACUGUACAAAACCAGAGAUGCUGAAGGCUGCUCUGAAGGCCAACACUAAACUGGUGUGGAUCGAGACGCCCACCAACCCCAUGAUGAAGGUCGUUGACAUCAAGGCCUGUUCUGAGUUGGUCCACAAUCACAACAAAGACAUCGUGGUGGUUGUGGACAACACCUUCAUGUCUGCCUAUUUCCAGCGCCCCUUGGCUUUGGGAGCUGAUGUCUGCAUGUAUUCAGCCACCAAAUACAUGAACGGUCACAGUGAUGUGGUCAUGGGUCUGGUCUCAGUGAACCGGGAAGAUCUGUAUGAGCGACUGAAGUUCCUGCAAAAUGCACUGGGUGGUGUACCGUCUCCCUUUGACUGCUACCUCUGCAACCGCGGACUGAAGACGCUACACCUGCGGAUGGAGCGACACUUCAAGAACGCCAUGGCUGCUGCCAAGUUUCUGGAGGACGAUCCUAGGGUAGAGCGCGUCAUUUUCCCAGGCCUUCCCUCACACCCCCAGCACGAAGUCAUGAAGAGACAAUGCACCGGAUGUCCGGGGAUGAUCACCUUCUACAUUAAGGGAAAACUGGAGCAUGCUACCACCUUCCUCAGUAGCCUGAAAAUGUUUGCGAUAGCCGAGAGUCUUGGUGGUUAUGAAAGUUUAGCAGAACAUCCAGCAAUUAUGACUCAUGCAUCAGUGCCAGAAAAAGAGAGGAAUGUCCUGGGGAUCAGUGACACACUGAUCCGGCUGUCUGUGGGACUUGAGGAUGAGGCUGACAUCGUUGAGGACCUGGAGCAAGCACUGGCGGCUGCUCAUCCAAAGAAAAAGUGAAAUGUCUUCAGGGCGUCUCCGAGGCUCGGGAUGAAGACCGGCAGCACUGGAACUGUUAAAUCAUCGCAGAUCAACAUUUGGUACCUCAGUUCAGUGCAUGAACUGCAGAGAUUCAUCUAUCAGGGAACAACUUAAAAAAUACAAAUUGUGAUAUCUGUGAAUAAUUUACAAAAGUUCUUACAUUAGAUUCUUUUUGAUGCCUAUUUUACAAGAGCAUCAGUUUUAAUCUUAUUUAUCUUAUACAGGUUUUGCUUUGUUUCUAUGUUUGAAUGUGUUUUAAUUAAGCUUUGUUUGUAAGGCUUUAAUGAGGCAUAGUACUUUUCAGUAAGUACUGUCAUGAACAGUAUGAGUUUCUGCAGGAAAAACGCCAAACACCAGACGUUUUUGCUGUGUAAUCUUGCUGUAAAGCCUGUGUACAUCAGGUUGUAUUCUAGUUUUCACCCACAGAACAGUCUCCAAACAGAGUUUAAUAUCUCUGCCCCUUAUUACAUCUGUAGCUGUAACCUGUAUUAAUAACUUCCUAAAUCUUACUGGCAUAAAAGUCCAAAAGUCAGAAGAAAUGUCUAUAUUUUCUCUUCACAGUCAACAUCUACUAUAACGUUUAACAUUUAAGAGGCUCUCUCCAGAAACAUGUAAAUCCAUCAAGAACAAACAAUAUUUCCAUUUAAAAAUGAUAAAUAGAAAUAUACUUAUUUGGUGGCCGAAGAACAAUGAAAUACCAGUUUUGAACAUGAUAGUACGCAUCAUCAAGUUGUGUCUUGUAAGGACGACGAGAGGAAACCUAUUCCUAAAUUUUGAGACCAAUCAGGAUAUUUUCCAAUAUAUGGGGGAGUGUUUGGCACGCACAAGAGGAGAGUUUGCCAACAGUAGGUGGGGGUUUGUAAUAACUGAAAGCUGUGGCAAGAGUAUUUCAGAAAAGAUCUGUGUGUGUAUUAUUUUACUCAAGUCAUAGCAAUGUCUUCCUAGGUCAGGACUCAAAACAGCUUUUUAUCUGUGGCACUCCCUCCUGCUUUCCCCCUUUAGUCACACAUCGCAUCGUCAAACAUAGGCUUCAUUUGGGACAGACCACUCAAUCACAAUCAAUGUAAUUUAUGUAACCGACAAAUCCAUUAAAAUCAGUUUGCAGUAUA